AUGAACCCGGACGGCAGCAUGGACCACUCCAUGCAGGACAAUAUUCAACGACCGGCGAAGAGACCAUGCCUAUCAUAUACCCCCGACGAUGAAGAAGUCCCCGCAGAAUUUGAUCUUCCGGCCGCGCGCGCACAGAAUGACUCGCGACUGAAGUCUCUCUUCGAAGGCAUUUUCGCGAAAUAUAGCCAGGACUUCACCGGCGUUGGUGAUGAGAUCGACCUGCAGACGGGGGACAUAGUGGUGGACAAUGGGCAUCUCAUGGGCAUGCGGGGCGAGGACGACGGUGGUGACCAGCCGCGACCAUGGCUCUCUCAGGCUGAAAUGGAUAGGCCGGAAGACCUUGAUGCAGACGAUGACAACAACACGAGGGGAGAGGAAGAUGAAUUCUUUUCUAUGGCAUCGUCUCCUGGUGGUCGUUCACCGCAUGCUCCAGAUGAAGAGUCGCCAUCGAAACAGCUACAGACAGACAUGGAUACCUCUUUGGAUUUCGUGUUUACUUUUAAAGCAUCAGGCACUGCAGGGCUCAGUCCUACCACCAAGGAAGGAUAUAUCUCCCAUCCCACCAACCCUAUUCCAGCUCCCAAAUCGCAGGAUCCAAUCUGGGACGUUCCAGACUUGCCUCCGUCCUUUUCAACGCCCACCACUGAGACUCGCAAAUCGAACGUGGGCUUCUCUCCACCUGUCAGGUCUCAGUCUCCGCCAGGGAGUGGCUCCGUCUGGGCUGUGCGCAAACCUCGCAGACCACGUACAGAAACGAAACCUAAAGCUACACCGAGUAAGCGCCGACCAGCUACGAAGCGCAAAUACCAUUCUAGCCCUGUGACGCACGACUGGUCUUUUGCGGCGAUACCGGAUGGAAAUGAGUCAGAUGACCCCUUGCAAGACUAUGAGCCAUCACCGACACCAUCGAAAGUGAAAAUUAUCCGCGGGAAGCGCCACAUUUCGACGAAAGAGAACGACGGUCCAUCUACUCCUUCGAAAAGGCCAAGUUUCGUCAUCGAAGCCGAUGAUCCAGUCCAUGAUCAAGAAACGGUGUGUCAAACGGGCGAUCAACAGGAUGAAGUGCCUUAUGCACUCCUUGAAGAAGGGAGUUACAAAUCGAGAAACCAGGCAGACCAAGUGCCUGAGCCAUGCGUCGAGGAGGGGGGCUGCGAAGCCAGCCACCAAGAAGGUGGAGUACCCAAAGAACAAGAAAAACUACAAGCAGGCUGUAGACCAAGUGACCAUGAAAACGAAGCGGUUGUAUCUCAAUACAAAAAUGAAGUGCCAUUUGAUCAUAUGGUACUAGCGGAUUCAACCCCCAAAUCCACACGCAGCACCCAGGCCUCAUCGCCGCAGCCCAUGGACUUCACCCCAAGCAAAAGGCGGCCCAUAACACCAGAUGAGGCAAAGUUGAUCGUGUGCAUGAUGCACAAACAAGAAAAGAAGGCCAGUGAUGUCAUGCACAUGUUGCCAGGUCGCGAGUAUCAGACAGUUUGGCACUGGUUCUACAACCACUGGACCCGCCGCCUCGCCAACCCGCCACCGCUUUCCGCCGCCUGGACACAGCCUGAGCUGGCAGCUCUGUCCCGACUCAGCACCCAAUCAGAACUUACCUGGGGUCAGAUACAAAGUCGGUUCAAGGGUCGAUCGCGACAUGAGGUUGAAUUUGAGCUGCUGCGUGCUUUUGUUGGUGAAGGAUUUACCUUGAAAAUGAUCGGGACCAUCGAGGAACAGGCGGAGCCGGAACAGCAGGAGGAGGAAGAACAAACAGACGACGAGAUAAAGGAUGAGCCUGAAUCGGAUGCAGCCGCGGAGGAAGUCAAAUAUGAGACAGGAGAUAGCAAUGCUGCGUCCGAAGACACUGCUCAGGAAGAGCUUGGGCAGCUCGGCACCCAAGAAAUGACCACGGCAACCGACAGUAAGGUGGCUGUCCCCAACAGGUUCUUGGGUAUUUUUAUAAACUCAAAAUCAUGA